UCUCCUCCUCAUGCUGUAGCAAGCAUGGCAGCGAAAAACAAGCACCGUAAAAAGACCAAAAGCGCUAAGAAAGUGACAUUUCAGUAUGCAGAGAACGACAUGGAGGCUGAAAACAGCGGAGGAGAGGAGGAUGAAGAUCCAGACACGGGUGGAGGUGAAGACAAAGCCAAGAAAGACGAAGAAGAGUUCAGUUUAGAAGAGGUGUUACGGCUGGGAGGAACUCAGGCUGACUAUGUUCUGCUUGCUGGAAUCGAUGACUCCAAUGAGCUGGUGGAUGGGGGGAAGAAAGGAGCGAUAGAUGACCUGGAGGAGGGCGAGCUGGAGAAAUUCAUCACCAAACUCGGCAUCAGAGCGUUCUCAGAACUGCAGGUCAUCCCAGACAAACUGGAGGGCGGUGAUGCAGAUGAGACGAAAAGUAAGAAAACAAAACCCAAGAACGAGUCAGCAGAGGAGCAAACAACGAGCUCCCAGCAGAUGGUUAAAAACAAACAGGAAGUGGAGGAACAACUGAAGAAGAAGAAGAUAAAAGAUGCUCAGACCGCCGCGGGGAAAAAGGCGAAGCAGAACGUGAAUGUGUUUGAGUUUCAGCAGAGACCGAACCUGCUCAUCAAACCUGGAGGGAAGUGGUUCGACCUGGAGUACAGCGCCGAGGGCUCGGCGACCCCACAGGACCCCUCUGUGGUGUCUCAGUACAAAACACUGGCCCAGCGCCUCUACGAGGCGGAGGUGGAUCUGUACAAGAGCAAGAAGAUCCUGCAGAAAGGAGCUAACUCCAACUGGAUGAAGACGGUCGUCUCCUCUGGCGUGCUGGCUGACAGGAUGGCGGCCAUGACGGUUCUGAUCCAGGAUGCCCCGGUGCACACGCUGGAACAUGUGGAGAAUCUGGUCGCUAUGGUGAAGAAGAAGGGCAGCCGGCGGAUGGGUCUGAUGGCAUUGGACACGCUGCGAGAGCUGCUGCUGUCUGACCUGCUGCCUGAGCACAGGAAGCUCCGCCCCUUUGCUCAGCACCCAUUUGACCAGCUGGAGGAGAAGGCCAGUGGGAACAGGGACACUCGAGACCGCCGCCUUGUCCUCUGGUACUUUGAACACCUGCUGAAGCAUCAUGUGGCCGAAUUCGUGGAGGCUCUGGAUACAGUGGCUCAUGACACGGUGGCGGCCACCAAGGCCAAGGCUCUCGCCACGGCCCACGAGAUGCUGUGCAACCGCCCAGAGCAGGAAAGGGCGUUGCUCAUCCAGGUGGUCAACAAGCUGGGAGACCCCGAGUACAAGACGGCAGCCAAAGCGUCAUACCUGCUGGAGACGCUGCUGCACAAACACCCCAACAUGAAGGCGGUGGUGUGCUGCGAGGUGGAGCGCCUCAUGUUCCGACCCAACAUCAGCGCAAAGGCGCAGUACUACGCCGUCUGCUUCCUCAGCCAGGUGAUGCUGAGCCACGGCGAGGCCGACCUCGCCGCCAAACUCAUCACCAUCUACUUCUCCUUCUUCCGUGCCUGUGUCAAGAAGAAGGACAUUGAGUCAAAGAUGCUGAGCGCGCUGCUGUCAGGCGUAAACCGGGCGUAUCCCUACGCUGGCUCCGGGGACGAGAAGGUGAAGGAGCAGAUGGACACGCUGUUCAAAGUGGUUCACCUGGUGAAGUUCAACACAGCGGUGCAGGCGCUCAUGCUCCUGUUUCAGGUCAUGGACUCCCAGCAGAGCAUCUCUGACCGAUACUACACCGCCCUGUACAGGAAGUUGAUCGACCCCGGUUUGUCAUCGUCCUCCAGACAGAGCAUGUUCCUCAACCUGCUCUACAAAUCUCUGAAGGCCGACAUCGUGCUGCGGCGAGUCAAAGCCUUCGUGAAGCGUCUGCUGCAGGUCAGCGCCGACCAGAGCGCCAGCUUCGCCUGCGGGGCACUCUUCCUCGUGUCGGAGGUCGUGAAGGCCAAACCGAGCCUCAAAGUGCUGCUGCAGCACGGCGGGGACGAGGAUGAGGAGGAGUUCAAGGACCUUGCUGAAGAAAAGGAAGGUGACGAAGACGACGAUGAUGAAGAGGAGCGUUUUGUGGACGCAGACAAACUGGAGGAGGAAUCGGUGAGCGCAGAGAUGACGGAGCCAAAACCCGCGGCAUCAUGGGUACACCAUCAGAACCUAGAAGGAGGGAAGAGCAUCCAGAGCUACGACCCGCUGCACAGAAACCCGUUAUUCUGUGGGGCCGACCACACAACGUUAUGGGAGCUACAGAGGCUCUCCCUACAUUUCCACCCGUCUGUGUCGCUGUUUGCGAAAACCAUCCUGCAGGGAGACUCCAUCCAGUACUCUGGAGACCCUCUGCAGGACUUCACUCUCAUCAGAUUCCUGGAUCGAUUUGUCUUCAGAAACCCCAAACAGCUCAAAGGACAACAGAACACAAACUCAGCAGCACUGAAGCCCAAACAGAGGUUACCUGUCAGCUCUCUACCAGUGAACUCUGAGGAGUUUCUGUCUAAAGAGGAGAGUCAGAUCCCUGUGGAUGAAAUCUUCUUCCAUCGUUUCUUCAAGAAGCGUCAGCAAGAGAAGCAGACCCGUCGGCCUCGUAGAGACGGCGAUGAUGAGAGCGUGGAGGACGUGGAUGACGACGAGUUUGAAAAAAUACUUGAUUCCUGCGAGGCGGACUCAUACUUCACCGAGUUCUCAGGAGAUGAUCUCGACUUUGCAGGAAAUGUGAAGAGUAAAAAAGGUAAGAAAGACGCUCAGGACUCGGAUUCAGACAUGGAUGACUCGGACAUGGACGACCUGGACGAUGAGGAGGUUUCUCUGGGCAGUAUGGACGAGGAAGACUUUGGAGACGAGCUGGAGGAGGAAGGAGGGACGUUCAUGGAUCCUGAUGGAGGCGAUGAUGAUGAUGAUGAUGAUGAUGAUGAUGAAGUUCCAGAGCUGGAGGACGAUGACGCUGCAUUCGAUGAUUCAGAGGAGGAGAUGGAGGAUCCAGACAUCGCUCCUCAAACAAAGAAAGGAAAAAGGAAAUCCUCAGAGGAUCUCGACUUCUCUGGAUCUUUAGGCUCUAAACAUGAAAAGAAGAGGAAAGGAAAGAGCAACGCUGCCAUGUUUGCUUCAGCUGAAGAGUUUGGCUCUUUGUUGGAUGAGAACGCUGGCUCCAAAUUCGACAACAUUGGAAUGAACGCCAUGGCUAACAGAGACAAAGCAGGUCUGAAGCAGCUGAAGUGGGAGGCUCAGCGCGACGACUGGAUCCACGACCGAGACGCCAAAACGAUGCGGAGAAAGAAGACGAUGUUCAACAAGAAGAAGACUUUUGGCCGAGCGAGGGCGGGAGGGAAAAUGUUCGGGAACAGGAAGAGGAAGUAGUGACAGCUGCUUCUCUGAGUGGCGUUUUUUUUUCUUCUUUACUCCGACUGACGGCUUCAGUCCUGCUUGGCCGACCAGGCUUCGUGGUCUCUCUCUCUGAUCCCGUAGACGCCCGCCCACUCGUUGGACUGGUAAUAAACUGGGAGGAGACGGGAGAAACUGGUGUGAAAUCCAGAAAAACACGCCCUGAUGUUUGAGUUUCAGCUCUAACAGGAGGAAAUGUGAUGUGAGGACGAGCUGAGGUUAUUUUUCUGUAAGACUUUGUUUUACAGGAGAAGACAUUUUCAUUGUUCAUGUUUAUGAUACGUUUAUCAUUUUAAUACACAGCAGAUCUAUAACACUGUACAGAGCUCAGUACUCAGAUUAAAAUUAAUGCUUUCUGA